AUUGCAUGCUGAAUAUGCUGUCAUAGCUGGGAAUGCAAAUGCAGAAAGAAGCUCGGAGAAAAUCACUUUGUUACUUUCGUCCCACGUUACUUUCGACCCCGCUCUCCCCUAAACUACUGCACUGCUGGUAAACCUACAUUUUCUCUGGAACUCCGGAUUAAAUGCUGCGAAGUAAAAUGGAUUUAAGUGAUGCCUAAUGUUUCUCAGAGCUAAGGAUUGUGUUAAUGGGGUAUAAACUAGCUGCCAUGAGUUUGGCAGGAAACACUGUCUUUAGAACAGAGAUGUUUGACUUGAAGAGAUCUGCUCUGUGUGUGAGGAGACAUGGAGAAGUAGCAGACAGAUAACAAAUGAAGAAAUAAAGAACAAAUGAAGAGGAUGGAAAACCAGAUAAAUGAUACCAGAUCACCAAUGAGUGAUGCCCAGCAUCUCUCAGAGCUGAGGAUUGUGUUAAUGGGUCAUAGAGCUGUUGGUAAGAGUUCAACAGGAAACAGCAUCCUGGGCAGAGAGGAGUUUGACUUGAAGAGAUCUGCUCAGUGCGUGAGGAGACAUGGAGAAGUAGCAGACAGACACAUCACUGUCAUAGAAGCUCCAGGAUGGUGGAUAAACUUACCUGUAGAGGAGAGUCCUGAGUUACUGAAACAGGAGAUUUUGCUCAGUGUUUCUCUGUGUCCUUCAGGACCACAUGUUGUACUACUGAUCAUACGUGCAAACUGUAGAUUUAAAGAGACAGAGAGAAAAGCAGUGCAGGGUCAUCUGGAUCUUCUGGGUGAGAGAGUCUGGAGUCACACUAUAGUGCUGUUCACUCAUGGAGACUCUCUGUUAGACACAUCUAUAGAGCAGCACAUUGAGAGUGAAGGACAGGAUCUCCAGUGGCUGCUGGACAAAUGUGGGAACAGAUAUCAUGUUCUCAACAAUCAGAACAGGAGUGACCACACUCAGAUCAAGGAGCUGCUGGAGAAGAUUGAGGAGACAGUGGCACAAAAUGAUUGCUGCUAUUUUGAAAUAGACAGAAAGAUUUUUCAGGAAAUGAAGGAGACAAGAAGAACAGAGGAAGAGAGAGCAGAUGAACGAAUGAAGAGGAUCAAAAAACAGAGAGAUGACAUCAGAUCACAGAUGAGUAAUGCCCAACAUCUCUCAGAGCUGAGGAUUGUAUUACUGGGGUAUAAAAGAGCUGGUAAGAGUUCAACAGGAAACAGCAUCCUGGGCAGAGAGGAGUUUGACUUAAAUCGAUCUUCUCAGGGUGUGGAGAGACAUGGAAAAGUAGCAGACAGACACAUCACUGUCAUUGAAGCUCCAGGAUGGUGGAGGACUUAUUCUGUAGAGUGCAGCUCUGAAAUCCUGAAACAGGAGAUUUUGCUUAGUGUGUGUCCUCCAGGACCACAUGCUGUACUACUGAUAAUUUGUGUCUAUGCUAGAUUUAAAGAGACUGAAAGAAAAGCAUUGCAGGGUCAUCUGGAUCUUCUGGGUGAGAGAGUCUGGAGUCACACUAUAGUGCUGUUCACUCAUGGAGACUCUCUGUUAGACACAUCUAUAGAGCAGCACAUUGAGAGUGAAGGACAGGAUCUCCAGUGGCUGCUGGACAAAUGUGGAAACAGAUAUCAUGUUCUCAACAAUCAGAACAGGAGUGACCACACUCAGAUCAAGGAGCUGCUGGAGAAGAUUGAGGAGACAGUGGCACAAAACAACGACUGCCAUUUUGAAAUAGACAGAAAGAUUUUACAGGAGAUGAAAGAGAAAAGAAGAGCAGCAGAAGAGAGAGCAGAUGAACGAAUGAAGAGGAUGAAAAAACAGAGAGAUGACAUCAGAUCACAGAUGAGUGACACCCCACAUCUCUCAGAGCUGAGGAUUGUGUUAAUGGGGUAUACAUUUUCUGGUAAGAGUUCAACAGGAAACAGCAUCCUGGGCAGAGAGGAGUUUGACUUGAAGAGAUCUGCUCAGUGUGUGAGGAGACAUGGAGAAGUAGCAGACAGACACAUCACUGUCAUUGAAGCUCCAGGAUGGUGGAUUAAUGAACCUGUAGAGUUCAGUCCUGAGUUACUGAAACAGGAGAUUGUGCUCAGUGUGUCUCAGUGUCCUCCAGGACCACAUGCUGUACUAUUGAUCAUACCUGUGGAAGCUAGAUUUAAAGAUUAUCUAAGAAAAGCAUUGCAGGGUCAUCUGGAUCUUCUGGGUGAGAGAGUCUGGAGUCACACUAUAGUCCUGUUCACUCAUGGAGACUCUCUGUUAGACACAUCUAUAGAGCAGCACAUUGAGAGUGAAGGACAUGAUCUCCAGUCUCUGCUGGACAAAUGUGGAAACAGAUAUCAUGUUCUCAACAAUCAGAACAGGAGUGACCACACUCAGAUUAAGGAGCUGCUGGAGAAGAUUGAAGAGACAGUGGCACAAAACAACGGCUGCCAUUUUGAAAUAGACAGAAAGAUUAUACAGAGAAUCAAUAAUAAAAGGAGAGCAAAAGAACGAAUGCUGCAAGAGAGAGUGCACAUUAGAUCACAAACAAUCAGUGAACAGGGAUCUUAUUCUUGGUCUCUGAGAAGUUCAGCACAUGGUUCAGUUGUAUCACAGUCAGAAGCAGACAGUAGGUCAAUUUGUGGCUCAUCAAGUUCCAGAGAUUCAUUGCACAGCUCAAGACAUGAGUCAGUGGUUCAGAAAACAUGUAAUAGCAUGGAAUUUCCACCAAACAUGAGUGGAGACGAGAGAUGGGACACAAAGUCCAUGGGAAGUUCUGCCUAUGGUUCAUUUGGAUCACUAUCAGGAGCAGACAGCAGGAAAUUUUGGGGAUUAUCACAUUCCAGAGAUUCAUGGCACACCUCAAGAUAUGAUUCAGGGGGCCUGAAAAUAUACAACAGCAUGGAAUUACCAACAAACUUGAGUGAAGAUAAGAGGUCAGACUCGUCUCUGGGAAGUCUAGCUCAUGGUUCAAUUGAAUCACUAUCAGGAGCAGAAAGCAGGUCAUCCUUUGGCUCGCCAUGUCCCCAAGAUUCAUGGCACACCUCAAGAUAUGAAUCAGGGGUCCUGAAAAUAUGUAACAGCAUGGAAUUACCAACAAACUUGAGUGGAGAUCAGAGGUGGGACACAAGGUCUCUGGAAAGUUCUGCUUACGGUUCAUUUGGAUCAUUAUCAGGAGCAGACAUCGGUUCAGUUUUUAGCUCAUCACAAUCAAAAGUCUCAUCACACAGCUCAGAAUUCAGGUCUGUGGAACAUUUAGGGACCAAAAGAGCACAUUGUGUGCCCAAUGUCUCAGAACUUACGCAUGAUGAGGACACUGAGAAGACUUGAAUACUAAAUUAAUGUGGUGACUGUAUAAUACUGACUUUGUAAUUUUGACAUCAUAAUGUCUCUAACAUUAUUAUAAAUCUGUUGCGUAGAUUUCAAAUGACUGUAUAAAAAUAUCCAAACAAAACUGCUGGGCAACACAUAAAACAAAUAUUUUACAAUUCUUCUUGUUACAGGUUGUGUGUGUGUGUGUGUGCGUGUGUGUAUAUAUGUGUAUAUAUAUAUAUAUAUAUAUAUAUAUAUAUAUAUAUAUAUAUAUAUAUAUAUGUGUGUGUGUUUAUACAUACAUACAUACAGGUGCAUCUCAAUAAAUUAGAAUGUCGAGGAAAGGUUCAUUUAUUUCAGUAAUUCAACUCAAAUUGUGAAACUCGUGUAUAAAAUAAAUUCAUUGCACAUAGACUGAUGUAGUUUAAGUCUUUGGUUCUUUUAAUUGUGAUGAUUUUGGCUCACAUUUAACAAAAACCCAUAUACAUGUGUAUAUAUCGGGGGACUCAAAAAUAAUAAUUAUGGGUAGAUUGUUCAGAUACUGGCCAUGAAAAUAUUCCACCCUGUUAGGGACAUACAGAUAGUUAUCACAACAUGUUAAUAAUGUAAAUGUUAAACAAUAAUGAGCUUUUAUUGGAUAGGAGAUGUCCCUUUCAGGUUGUUAUAUAUGUGAGAGUGUGUUUUAUGUUUAAUUUUAUUGUAUCUGUAUGACUACUAUCUGUUUGAGGGCAAAUCAGGCCAAAUCAGUUCGCUAUUACUGUAUGAUCACAGUGUAUGUGAAUAGAGAUAGUGGAUUAUUUGCUUUAUGACGCAUUUGUGUUAUUACCAUCUGUAUGCCAUCAGCAUACAACAAGUGGCCAUCAGCACUUAUUUGCAUUGUAUUUCAUUGUAAAUGCAGCAUUUCUAGCAAUCUCAAGAUUUUCUGUAAGACUUGGACUUGGAACACUUUCUGGAACACUUUCUUUUUUUUAUUAUUCUUAUUUUUCUUAGUCAAAUUAUUCUUUUUGUAUUUUUCUAGUGUUCAAAUAAAUCACUUUUAUUAU